AUGACCUGCUCGGCUUCCUGGCUCCGGCAGCCGCCGCCCGCCAGUGUCAGCCCGCGUCGCCCCGGGGUCCCGAAGAGCCGUUGGGGGGUCCGGGCUGAGGCCCGUUCGUGUGGAAGCCCCGCCGCCACCGCCUGUGCGUCCGGUUGCCCGUCGUUUUUCCCAGCCGCCAUCAUGCUGGCACUUAUCUCUCGCCUGCUGGACUGGUUCCGCUCGCUCUUCUGGAAAGAGGAGAUGGAGCUGACUCUCGUGGGGCUGCAGUACUCGGGCAAGACCACCUUCGUCAAUGUCAUCGCGUCAGGUCAAUUCAGUGAAGAUAUGAUACCCACAGUGGGCUUCAACAUGAGGAAAGUAACUAAAGGUAACGUCACAAUAAAGAUCUGGGACAUAGGAGGGCAACCUCGAUUCCGGAGCAUGUGGGAACGGUACUGCAGAGGAGUGAAUGCUAUUGUGUACAUGAUAGAUGCUGCAGAUCGUGAAAAGAUAGAAGCCUCUCGAAAUGAGCUACAUAAUCUUCUAGAUAAGCCACAGUUACAGGGAAUUCCAGUGCUAGUUCUUGGAAACAAGAGAGAUCUUCCUAAUGCCUUGGAUGAGAAACAGCUAAUUGAAAAAAUGAAUCUCUCUGCUAUUCAGGAUAGAGAAAUUUGCUGCUAUUCAAUUUCUUGCAAAGAAAAGGAUAAUAUAGAUAUCACACUUCAGUGGCUAAUUCAACAUUCAAAAUCUAGAAGAAGCUGAAGAAUCACCUGAAGUCUUCCAGUCCUUCUUGGCUAUAAUCCUAAAACUAUUGUCCGUUCCUCUGAAGUACUCCCCCAAAUAUGGUCCUUCCUAAACCCAAGAAAUUGCCUUUUUUCAGAGUUUAUUUCUCAUGUGCACUGCUGAAGAUCUGUAUCCCUAAUCCUUCAUAAAGAACUGGCUAGAGUUGUCAUGAUAAAGUCAGCACACGCACACAAAGGCUUCUUGCACAUACUUGUCUUAAACAGUGUGUAGAGCUUUUUUAAGAAACCACAUUUUGACCAUCUUAAAUCAAGAAAAUUGCAUAUUUCUGUUCUGGUCUUUCUGGGCCAGAUUUUUAUAUUGAUUUUCAGUAAAAGUCUAUCUGUGGUAUUUAAUUAUAGAGUCCAGUAGCUUUACACUGAUACUGACUUGAGACAGCAUGAAGUUUCUAGUGCCACACACAGUAUUUAGAAAACCUUUAAGCCUGACUCAGGUGGGAUAUAAACAUAGUGUUUAUCUAAUCUCACAAAUGCAUGUGAAAUGUAUAAUUACACCUUAGGAAUUUAAAAAAAUGGUCUGCAAAAUGGGAACGGAGGCACCAGAUCAGUGUUCUUAUUGGUUCUUUACACUGGUGAGGUCUUUCUUGAUUGUUAAAAGCGCCUUCUGAGAUUUCUUCCUCAACAGAUUGCAGUUGGGUAUAUGGGAGGAACUAAGGCAUGCUGUUUUGUAUCUGUCCAGAUCAAUACUUCUAUCUUUUAUUUCUUUUCCUAGUUCAACACACUUUUUUAAGGGGUUGGGAAUUGAAGAUUUUCUCAGAAGCUUUCAUGAAUUUAGAGCAUUCCAGCCAAUGUAAUAAAACCUGUUAAGAAUGUCAGACUUUGUUCAGACACCUGUUUGUUGUUUCUAUCUCCAGUCUUAAUUCAGUGCUGCUGCAUGACACUCUAACUCUUGACUUUUUAUAUCCAGUCAUAAAGUUGACUUUCAGCACAAGAGAUACUUAUAAACAGAUAAAAAUUCUUAUUUUUCUCUCUUACUGAUGUAAGGUUUGGCACUCUUUUGUCUGGUGCCAUUAGACAUCUUGAUUAUUGUGACAACUCUAGACCUGCCUGCUUUAUUUAAUGUAAUCAUGCGCAACAUCUACAGGUUGUUUAAUAAUCAGUCACACAGGGAACUGAGGAACUGAUGGUGUUUAUUCUUUGCUUCUAUGAUACAGAGAUGUGUAAAAAAAUGAACAUGUUUUGUAGUUUAGCGAUCUCCAUAUACAUAAAGGGACGUAUUAAUACUGGUUCAUUUGUAAGUUGUUGUUCAUAUAGACCACUGUUGUAGAUAAAAUUCUGUAGUACACCUGCUUAUGUGUUGCCUCACACUGUAUGUGAUUGUUUCUUUUGUUAAGCAGCACUUAUAUUUAGACAGUGCAUUUCCAAACAUGUUGAGCACUCAAAGUGUAGUCAACAGUGAGUUCUUUUAAUGAAUACCAGUUUUAUUUUAUUGACUGCCAUGGCCUUAAAAAUAUUCUGUACAAAAUACUGCGCUGUGUUGCACAGACAUUAUUUGUUUUUCUCCAUUCACAUUUUUAUGAAUAGAAUCUGGUCUUUUAAAAUUCUGUUGUUAUCCUUUGAAGCAUGUUGCACACUUCCCUGUUGGGUAAAUGAAGGGAUAUUUAAACUUGCUAUGUCUUUCAACACCAUUAACGGUCACGGAACCAUUACAAAGAAUUGGCAGUUUGCUUGUGCCUAAAAGGAAGAAUCAGAACUAGAAUGUGUAACUUUGUGGAGACCUCAGAGGUUUGUUAAUUGGCCUAUAGCUAGAUUUUAAUGUGUUUGUGUGUCUGUUCGUUGCUUUCAGCAUUUCAAGACAUCCAGACACUACUAUCAUCAUUUUCCUGUGCAUUAACUUCUGCAUGUGAAAACUUAACAGUUACUGAACUUUGUAAAUAUGUGAAUUUUUUUAUUUAGGUGGCUGCAUUUUUGUCUGUUUACUGCUCUUCUCAGCUUUAUUCAAUAAACUUACAUUUUGAGGGUUG